AUGGUCUUCUUUGCGCCCAACGACAAUCUGGAUGUCCUCACAUGCUAUCUCCUCGCCGACAUCUCCAGCGAUGAACUGCAAGCCUUCAAAUCAGCCUUUGAAUUAGGCAAUCAUGCACGCUUCAACCCUAUGCUUGAAAUCAAAAUUGUUCGUCCACCCGAGGACUAUAUCGGGAAAUCCCACGACUACAUCCGCCGGAAAGAGGACGAGGCUGGCCGACAAGGCAAAUUCCUCAUCCUCGACGACGAGGCCGUGAAGAAAAAUGCCGUCUGGUAUAUUUCUUGGUUUGAAGAUGGACAGUAUGUCGAAUGGAAACAGGCUCAGAGCACAGAUGUUCUGUGGAAGAUGCUCAUCAGGACGGACAAGUUGUCGCUCGUGUAUGUCAACUACAGCAUUGGUAACAUGUCGCUUCAAGAGGAUCUGGGCAGUUGCGGGGUAGAAUUCCCCGUAAAGGCGGGCUUUGAACAACCCAAAGUGUUCGAUUUCGACAUGGACAUGCAAAAAGACCAGUAUCAUCAGCCUGUUUGGGUCAGGGCUGAGCCCGGCGAGUAUGAGAUUAACAAAGGCGGCGAAGUGAUGGGGGAUUACAUUGCGCCGCCAAAUACGUAUGCCAGAUUGAAAGAUGGAAUCGCAGAGGAGGUGGGAGUCAUCAACGACUGGGUGACGUAUCAACCGACCAACCCGUUUCGAAUGUCGGAUGGGACGAAGAAGGAGUUCCCUGAGGGCACUAUGGUUCUCCAAAUGAAAUGGAAUCCUGACUUUCCGUGGCCGCCUUACAAGUGGCCUGAGGGAUCGCUAUAA